UGGUGGCUGGUGGCCCGGUGGCCUGGUGGCUGGUGGCCUGGUGGCCUGGUGGCUGGUGGCCCGGUGGCCUGGUGGCUGGUGGCCCGGUGGCCCGGUGGCUGGUGGCCCGGUGGCCUGGUGGCCCGGUGGCCUGGUGGCUGGUGGCCUGGUGGCUGGUGGCCCGGUGGCCUGGUGGCUGGUGGCUGGUGGCCUGGUGGCUGGUGGCCCGGUGGCCUGGUGGCUGGUGGCCCGGUGGGCUGGUGGCCCGGUGGCCUGGUGGCUGGUGGCCCGGUGGCCUGGUGGCUGGUGGCUGGUGGCCUGGUGGCUGGUGGCCCGGUGGCCUGGUGGCUGGUGGCCCGGUGGCCUGGUGGCUGGUGGCCCGGUGGCCUGGUGGCUAAAGCUUCUGCUUCACACACGGAGGGCCAGAGUUCGAUUCCCGGCAGGGUGGAAACAUUUCGACACGUUUCCUUACACCUGUUGUCCUGUUCACCUAGCAGCAAAUAGUGGCAACGAAUACGAGGUGUUAGAUCAAAUGCAUGGCAUGGUGUGGCUCACUGAAGGUCAAGAAGAGGUUUCACCCAAGAGGUUGGUGACAGAACAGUUAUUGCUACUGGAACUGGUAUUCCAGGCCCAUGUGAUGGCAUGGUAAUAGGAGUAAUGAUCAGGUGGUAGAAUGGACCUCCUAACAUUUGCUGCUAAUGCAAUCUUCAGCACAGAGUCGAAGGAAGAUACAAUAAUUCCUGUCACCCCAACGAAAGGGGCAAGACCUGUUUUUGGGGAGGUUACCAACACUAUCGGCAUAUCUCCGGAGAAGUUCAGUAAUUCUCCUCUACGUGCACUUUUCAUGAGUCCAACACUCAAUACUCCAACAACAAAGUUGAGAAGUUUGGCAUCUGCUGUGUUGAUUCCAGGAUCCAGAAGCAUUAUUGGAAGAGGCAACAAUGAGAAGUCAUUGUCUUAUCCCUCACCAGAAGUGCAGACCCCAAAUGGAGAAGGAAUGUCUCCUCAUGUAUCAAAUGGAGGAUUGGGCAAAAGUCCGCUAACCCCCAUGAGCAAUUUAAAGUUGUUGACUCGUAUUGCAUCUAUGGAGGAAUCACUGACAAGUAAAAAAGUGUUGUUUCAAAGUAUUAAUGAUCAAAAAGUUCAGUGUUCCUCAAAUGUGGAUUCUCUACUGACUUCCAGUUCCACAGCUCAAACCAUACCAAAUUUUCAACACCACAGCAGUGAGUGUUUACAUCAAAGUAAUAAUCAGUCGAAUACAUCCACCAGCACACACCUUAAACACACUACAAGUGGUUAUUACCUUACUCCAAGCUCCCCUGGAUGUCUUGUAACCGGAAACCUGGGUAAUCUCUCUUCGGUGGAUGAAAUCAGCAGUAAUCGUUCAUCGAAGGGAUCCAGAAAGGACAAAUCAUUAGGUCUACUAAGUGAAAAAUUUCUGGAACAUUUUCCAAUGGAAGUAUCUUUUUUGGAAACUCCUCGACGUCUAGUCAUUGACGAAGUGGCAUCCAUGCUUGGUACAGAACGGCGGCGAGUGUAUGACAUAAUUAAUGUUCUGGAGAGUCUGAGCAUGGCUGCUCGGGUACAGAAAAACAUGUACCAGUGGAUGGGGAAGCUGCAUCUGGAAGAAACGCUGUCACGCCUCAAGGCUCUUGGUCUGAAACUAGGUAUGGGCUUGCACCUCCAGCAGCAACACUUGGAUAAUGACUUUAAACUUCCUACAAACGUUAACGCCAAUGGUGAUGGAGACAAGAUUGACUCCAGAAGAGAAAAGUCACUGGGUGUAUUAUGCCAGAAGUUCCUGAUGCUCCUGCUAGUCAGUCCAGAGCCACACGUUAUUUCCCUGGACAAUGCAGUGCGAAAGCUGGUAGGGGAAGUUGGCGAGGAUGGUGAACGUCUGAGAACAAGGGGAAGACGGCUUUAUGAUAUUGCUAAUGUAUUAACAUCCUUGGGGCUAGUGAAGAGAGUUCCCACAGCCAAGGCUUUUCAGUAUGUUGGUCCUGAAGUAACAGCUGCAGCCAGUGAGGAUGUUUCACUGGGGGUGCUGCACCGCCAUUCUUUACUCCCAUCACGUCUAGGAAGUAGUGGAGGUAAGGAGAAUAUUUCACUUGGUGACCAUGAUGUCACUCCCUCCAAUAUUACUCCACCUGUACGAAAAAGAGGGCGGCCACGGAAACUCUCCUCAGAUUUUUCAGCAUCUACAUUACCAGGUGAGUCAAUCAACUGACUUGGGUUGAAGGUA